AGGACCGCACCCCGGCUUCGGUUGCGGAGCGGCGGGUUGCGAGUGCAGCGAACCAGUCAGCAGCCAGUGGGAGAGAGGGAGGGAGGGCAGAAGGAAGAGGAAAAAAAAAAACCCGACAGAGGGAGGAAGCGAGAGAGCGGCGUAGUUUAGUCUGAACUCUCCGGGAAGCUGCUGUCGACAGAAGAAGUUUGAUCCGGUUGGUGAUAGCCACUCUGCGAAAGGCGACCAGCUACCAACAGCAGCCAACAUGUCGGAUGCAGACCGGUUUCUCUACGUGGACCGUAACCUGGUCAACAACCCGCUGGCCCAGGCCGACUGGGCCACCAAGAAGCUGGUAUGGGUCCCCUCGGAGCGCCUGGGCUUCGAGGCGGGCUCGGUGAAGGAGGAGCGCGGCGACGAGUGCGUGGUGGAGCUGGCAGACUCUGGUAAGAAGGUCAAGGUCAACAAGGAUGACAUCCAGAAGAUGAAUCCGCCCAAGUUCAGCAAAGUGGAGGACAUGGCCGAGCUGACCUGCCUGAACGAGGCGUCGGUGCUGCACAACCUGAAGGAGAGAUAUUACUCUGGUCUCAUCUACACCUACUCGGGCCUGUUCUGCGUCGUCAUAAACCCGUACAAGAACCUGCCCAUCUACUCCGAGGAGAUCGUAGAAAUGUACAAGGGAAAGAAAAGACACGAGAUGCCUCCUCACAUCUACGCCAUCACAGACACGGCGUACAGAAGCAUGAUGCAAGAUCGGGAAGACCAGUCGAUUCUUUGCACAGGCGAGUCCGGCGCCGGCAAAACGGAGAACACCAAGAAGGUCAUCCAGUAUCUGGCUCAUGUGGCGUCCUCUCACAAGACCAAAAAGGAUCAGAGCAGUUUGGUCCUGUCACAUGGGGAGCUGGAGAAGCAGCUGCUACAGGCGAACCCCAUCCUGGAAGCCUUCGGAAACGCCAAGACGGUCAAAAACGACAACUCCUCUCGAUUCGGAAAGUUCAUCAGAAUCAACUUCGACGUCAACGGUUACAUCGUCGGUGCCAACAUCGAGACGUACCUGUUGGAGAAAUCCCGAGCGAUUCGUCAGGCCAAAGACGAGCGAGCAUUCCACAUUUUCUACUACUUGCUCACGGGAGCGGGAGACAAACUGCGGACUGAUCUUCUCCUUGAAAAUUACAACAACUACCGAUUCCUCUCCAACGGGAAUGUCACGAUUCCGGGUCAGCAGGAUAAGGAUCUGUUCACAGAGACCAUGGAAGCCAUGAGGAUCAUGGGUAUUCCCGAGGACGAGCAGAUAGGAAUGCUGAAGGUGGUGGCCUCGGUUCUGCAGCUCGGAAACAUGAACUUCAAGAAGGAGCGCCACACGGAUCAGGCUUCCAUGCCUGACAACACGGCUGCUCAGAAGGUGUGCCACCUGAUGGGAAUGAACGUCACGGACUUCACCCGGGCCAUCCUGUCGCCCAGGAUCAAAGUGGGCCGAGACUACGUGCAGAAGGCGCAGACGCAGGAGCAGGCCGAGUUCGCCGUGGAGGCGCUGGCCAAGGCCACGUACGAGAGGAUGUUCCGCUGGCUCGUCAUGAGGAUUAACAAAGCCCUGGACAAGACCAAGAGGCAGGGAGCCUCGUUCAUCGGCAUCCUGGACAUCGCUGGCUUUGAGAUCUUUGAACUGAACUCCUUCGAGCAGCUGUGCAUCAACUACACCAACGAGAAGCUGCAGCAGCUCUUCAACCACACCAUGUUCAUCCUGGAGCAGGAGGAGUACCAGCGGGAGGGCAUCGAGUGGAGCUUCAUCGACUUCGGCCUCGACCUGCAGCCCUGCAUCGAGCUGAUCGAGAAACCCGCCAGUCCUCCUGGGAUCCUCGCUCUGCUGGACGAGGAGUGCUGGUUCCCCAAGGCUACCGACAAGAGCUUCGUGGAGAAGGUGCUCCAGGAGCAGGGCACGCACCCCAAGUUCUUCAAGCCCAAGAAACUGAAGGAUGAAGCCGAUUUCUGCAUCAUUCAUUAUGCUGGGAAGGUGGACUACAAAGCGGACGAGUGGCUGAUGAAGAACAUGGACCCUCUGAACGACAACGUGGCGUCGCUGCUGAACCAGUCCACGGAUAAGUUUGUGUCUGAGCUGUGGAAGGACGUCGACAGCAUCGUGGGUCUGGAUAAGGUGUCCGGCAUGUCCGAGAUGCCCGGGGCCUUCAGAACCCGGAAGGGCAUGUUCCGCACCGUGGGCCAGCUGUACAAGGAGCAGCUGUCCAAGCUCAUGGCCACGCUGAGGAACACCAACCCCAACUUUGUCCGCUGCAUCAUCCCCAACCACGAGAAAAAGGCCGGUAAACUGGACCCACAGCUGGUUCUGGACCAGCUCCGGUGUAACGGUGUGCUGGAAGGGAUCCGCAUCUGCAGACAGGGAUUCCCGAAUCGGAUCGUCUUCCAGGAGUUCAGACAGAGGUAUGAGAUCCUGACCCCAAACUCCAUCCCCAAGGGCUUCAUGGACGGGAAGCAGGCCUGCGUGCUGAUGAUCAAAGCCCUGGAGCUGGAUCCCAACCUGUACCGCAUCGGCCAGAGCAAGGUGUUCUUCCGAGCAGGAGUCCUGGCUCACCUGGAGGAGGAGAGAGACAUGAAGAUCACGGACAUCAUCAUCAGCUUCCAGGCCUGGUGCCGGGGCUACGUGGCCCGCAGGGCUUUCGCCAAGCGACAGCAGCAGCUGACCGCGAUGAAGGUGAUCCAGAGGAACUGCGCCGCUUACCUCAAGCUCAGGAACUGGCAGUGGUGGCGACUCUUCACCAAGGUGAAGCCCCUCCUCCAAGUCAGCCGGCAGGAGGAGGAGAUGCAGGCCAAGGACGAAGAGCUGUUCAAGGUGAAGGAGAGGCACCUGCUGGCGGAGCAGCAGCUCCAGGAUGUGGAGGAGCAAAACAAACAGCUGAGCGCCGAGAAGAUGGCCCUGCAGGAGCAGCUCCAGGCAGAAACGGAGCUCUGCGCCGAGGCCGAGGAGAUGAGGGUCCGGCUCGCCGCUAAGAAGCAGGAGCUGGAGGAGAUCCUCCACGACCUGGAGGCUCGCGUGGAGGAGGAGGAGGAGCGCGCCUCUCACCUGACAGCCGAGAAGAAAAAGAUGCAGCAGAAUAUCGCGGACCUGGAGCAGCAGCUGGAUGAGGAGGAGGCAGCCAGGCAGAAGCUCCAGCUGGAGAAGGUCACUCUGGAGGCCAAGAUGAAGAAGAUCGAAGAGGACGUCAUGGUUUUAGACGACCAGAACAGCAAACUGCUCAAGGAAAAAAAACUGAUGGAGGAGAGAAUCUCCGAGUUCACCACCAACCUGGCAGAAGAGGAGGAGAAGUCCAAGAGUUUGCAGAAGCUGAAGACGAAACACGAGGCGAUGAUUACGGACCUGGAGGACCGUCUGCGCAGGGAGGAGAAGCAGCGGCAAGAGCUGGAGAAGAACCGGCGCAAGCUGGACGGCGACUUCACAGAGCUCCACGAUCAGAUCUCCGAGCUGCAGGCUCAGAUCGCUGAGCUCCGGGCGCAGCUGGCCAAGAAGGAGGAGGAGCUCCAGGCUGCUCUGGCCCGAAUCGAAGAGGAGGCUGCACAGAAGAACCUGGCCCAGAAGAAGAUCCGGGAGCUGGAGGCUCAGAUUUCUGAGCUGCAGGAGGACUUGGACUUGGAGAGGCAGGCCCGUGCCAAAGCGGAGAAACACCGCCGAGACCUGGGAGAGGAGCUGGAGGCCCUCAAGACGGAGCUGGAGGACACGCUGGACUCCACGGCCGCCCAGCACGAACUCAGGACCAAGCGUGAGACGGAGGUGGCGCAGCUUAAGAAGACCCUGGAUGAGGAGGCCAGAGUCCACGAGCAGCAGCUGGUGGAGAUGAGACAGAAGCACAGCCAGGCCUUCGACGAGCUGAACGAGCAGCUGGAGCAGGCUAAGAGGAACAAAGUGGCGGUGGAGAAGGCCAAGCAGGCCCUGGAGUCUGAGAAGAACGAGCUGAGCAUCGAGCUGCAGACGCUGAUGCAGGGCAAAGGAGACUCGGAGCACCGCAGGAAGAAGGCUGAAGCUCUGGUCCAGGAGCUGCAGCUCAAGUUCUCGGAGAGCGAGCGCCAGAAGACGGAGCUGGCCGAGAAGCUGACUAAAGUGCAGGCCGAGCUGGACAACGUCAACGCGGUGCUGACGGAGGUGGAGGGCAAGUCCAUCAAGGCGGCGAAAGACUGCUCUACCGUGGAGUCCCAGCUUCAGGAUGUUCAGGAACUUCUCCAAGAAGAGACGCGCCAGAAGCUGGGUCUCGGCACGCGCAUGCGGCAGCUCGAGGAAGAGCAGAGCAACCUGAGAGAACAGCUGGAGGAGGAGGAGGAAGCCAAGAGGAACGUAGAGAAGCAGCUUCAGAUGGCCCAGGCUCAGCUCGCCGAGAUGAAGAAGAAGAUGGAGCAGGACGUCAGCUGUCUGGAGGCCGCUGAAGAAGGAAAGAAAAGACUCCAGAAGGACCAGGAGGCCACGGCCCAGCGGCUGGAGGAGAAGUGUGCUGCUUUCGACAAGAUGGAGAAAACCAAGACUCGUCUGCAGCAGGAGCUGGACGACCUGCUGGUGGACCAAGACCACCUCCGACAGAUCGUCUCCAACCUGGAAAAGAAGCAGAAGAAGUUCGACCAGCUGCUGGCAGAAGAGAAGAACAUCUCUGCUCGUUAUGCAGAGGAACGCGACCGAGCUGAAGCCGAAGCUCGCGAGAAAGAGACCCGCGCUCUGGCUUUGACCCGGGAGCUGGACGCUCUGAUGGAGGUCAAGGAAGAGCUGGACCGCAACAACAAAGUGCUGCGGGCCGAGAUGGAGGACCUGGUCUCGUCCAAGGACGACGUCGGCAAAAACGUCCACGAGCUGGAGAAGGCCAAACGUGCCAUGGAGCAGCAGCUGGAGGAGAUGAAGACCCAGCUGGAGGAGCUGGAGGACGAGCUGCAGGCCACGGAGGACGCCAAGCUGCGUCUGGAGGUCAACAUGCAGGCCAUGAAGGCUCAGUACGAGCGGGACCUGGCCGGACGCGACGAGAUGGGCGAGGAGAAGAAGCGAGCGUUGGUCAAACAGGUGCGGGAGAUGGAGAUGGAGCUGGAGGAUGAGAAGAAGCAGCGCGGCGCGGCUGUGGCCGCUCGUAAAAAGCUGGAGCUGGACCUGAAGGAGCUGGAGGCGGGCAUCGACAUGGCCAACAAGAACCGCGACGAGGCGCUGAGGCAGCUGAAGAAACUCCAGGCCCAGAUGAAGGACCUGGUCCGGGAGCUGGACGACACCCGCAUGUCCAGAGAGGAGAUCCUGAGCCAGAGCAAGGAGACGGAGAAGAAGCUGAAGGCCAUGGAGGCCGACAUGAUCCAGAUGCAGGAGGAGCUGGCGGCGGCAGAGCGGGUGAAGAGACAGGCCCAGCAGGAGCGAGACGAGCUCCAGGACGAAAUCAACAACCAGUCCGGCAAGAGCGCUCUUGCUGGUGAGGAGAGGAGACGCCUGGAGGCUCGCAUCGCUCAGCUGGAGGAGGAGCUGGAGGAGGAGACGUGCAACACCGAGCUGACCAACGACCGGCUGAAGAAGGCCCUGCUGCAGACGGACCAGAUGAACGUGGAGCUGACUGCAGAGCGCAGCACCUCCCAGCGCCUGGAAGGGGCCCGGGCCCAGCUGGAGCGCCAGAACAAGGAGCUGAAGCUGAAGCUGCAGGAGCUGGAGGGGACCGUCAAGUCCAAGUACAAGGCCAACAUGGCCGCUCUGGAGGCCAAGAUCGCUCAGCUGGAGGAACAGCUGGAUCUGGAGACCAGGGAGAGGCAGACCGCCACCAAACUUGUGCGACGCACCGAGAAGAAGAUGAAGGAGAUCCUCCUGCAGGUGGACGAUGAGCGGCGCAAUGCCGAGCAGCACAAGGACCAGGCCGACAAGUUGAAUUCACGUAUGAAGCAGCUGAAGCGUCAGCUGGAGGAGGCUGAGGAGGAGGCUCAGAGGGCCAACGCCAGCCGCAGGAAGCUUCAGAGGGACCUGGAGGACGCCACGGAGUCGGCAGACGCCAUGAAUCGGGAAGUCACCUCCCUCAAGAGCAAGCUCAGGCGUGGCGACCUGCCUUUCACCGUGCGCCGCACCGUUACCCGCAGCGGCACCGGCACGGCGGAGAGCGACGAGGAAGGCGAGCCCAAGAGCGAGACGCCUGAGCCUCAAGCUUAAAGGAACGGCGCCGCUCGACUCCACCGAGCUGCAUCCAAGCCGGGCUGACUUACCGUCAGAACCCAGUAAAGGCUCGGUCCGCAGCGUCAGCCUAUGCAUCACGCACACACACACACGCGCACACACACACACACACACACACACGCACAGUUUUUGGGCCAAAUGCUUCCUCUUUGCUUCUCUGGGACAAACACAUGGAAAUAUUUUUAUAAGGAGACGUUCAGCUGAUCGUCCUGAUGUAGGAUUUAUUUUUCUAGUUGAAAAGAUAAAAGUGAAGAGGACCAAAGCCACGCGUCGCUCUGCAGCGGCGUGUCCUAGAGCGGCUGGAAGUGCUUCCUGCUGAAGGUUUCCACCGUGUGCCGAAGCGGUCUCUUAGCUCUGGUUCUGCUCGUGGGCUCAGGUCUCCUCCACCCAAACUAAAAGCCACACUCGGUGACGUGACUCGGUGACGUGACUCGGUGACGUGACUCGGUGACGUGACUCGGUGACGUGACUCGGUGACGUGGUUGGGAACUCUGCCAGCUGAAGGGGUGGAAGUUUUGCACUGACAUGGAGACAAAGAUGACGCCGCUGCAUUUGUGUUAAUCAUGAAAACUAAAAGGCUUAGAAAUUUUCUGGAAAUACUUAUUAGUUUAGUGUGUGUGUGUGUGUGUGUGUGUAUACACACCAUCUUCACACACACACACACACACACACACACACACAGCCUUGACCUUUGCAGGUUUUGUGUGUCCUGGCUGUGAUUUAUAAUGUUCAGUGUUUAUGUUCGGGUAAAAACGGUGGUAGCUCUCGAUCUUCUCCUGUAGGUUGUGACUUCACACACACACACACACACACACACACACACACACAAUUAACCAAAGUCUGGGUCAGAAGGUCAUUCAUGCCUGUAACUAAACCCAGUAGGGUUUGAUGACCACAUCUGUGUGUGUGUGUGUGUGUGUGUGUGUGUGUGUGUGUGUGUGUGGUCAGGUUCUCAACCCCCACAGGAUGUGCCCAGGGUCACACUUCCGGGAAGUGAGCGGAGUGUGUUUGGAAUAACGGCUCGGAGUGAAAUCCCGUCACUUAAAGGCAGAACCAGAGAAUGUGUGUAACGUCAGGCUGUCUGCUCUUCUGGAAUGGAAAUCAUGUGAAGUGACAUUAUUACGAAUAAAGAUGCUUUCUGAA